AUGGUUAAUCACAACGUCCAAUAUUUAUUUAACAUUAUUCUUUUAAUAAUUAUCUCACCCCUCUUUGGAUGGGAAGUGUACGAGCCAUUUGCAGGCUCUUUAAGUUUCUAUAAUGAACUACACUUUGCUUUUUGUGUACCAAAAGAUACUGACGCAGAAAAUGAUUUGUUAGUUGCUAUUAGCGAUAAACAAUGGCGCACAGAUGUAAAUAAACCUGAUGAUCCACUUUGCCAUGUUUGUCUUAAAGUUGAUUACAACGGGAAAUGCAUCACAGUCCCUGUCAGAGAUGUCUGCUUUGAGUGUUCAGCAACACACGCAAAAUUGUCAAAACCUGCAUUUGAGAAGCUCGAAAGUUUGGCUGUUGGAAGCGUUUAA